GACCAUUAUUUUUUAAGGUUUUUCUAUAGUUUUCCAUAAUAAACUAUGGUGACGACUCUAUGUACCUUUUAAAUUAUUUUCGCCAUCCUGACGCGAUCUCGAUUGCGAUAGAUGGCGACUCCACUAGGGAAGUUUUGGAGAGUUAAUCCUAUUAGUUGAGUGUGCGAAAGGUAAACCCGCGAGUAGAAAGAAUAUGCGAAAGUGGUUUGUGAGUGCUGUGACGAUGGUGUGCCAUUGAGAGAGGUAAAUCUGGUGUGCAAUACGACGACAACAUUGUCUACGAAUUUUGAUCAAGAACCCAAUAGGGUUUUCGUCUACUGCAGCAGUGUGGAGGAGUGAGUGCGACGAGUGCGAGGUUAGAAAAAGUGAAUCCUAGGGUUUUUGUCUGCGACAGUGAAGGUAUGUUUUAUAAGUUUUUGAUUUUGAUUUUUGAUUUUUGAUUUUUAUUUUUAUUUUCGCCUGCAUAUGAAUUCAUUGUUUUGAAACACAUUGUAAUUUGGGGUUAUCUGUUUGAAUCAAUGUUAGAAAUUGAAUGAAAUGGGGGAAAUUAGGUUCAAUUUAACAAUUCACCACAUGGGGAAAUUGUGAGGGCAAAAAAGAAGUUGGUUUACGUUGGUGGGGAGAAACAUAGGAUACAUAAUGUUGAUCCUGAUAUCUGGUCGUAUUUUGAAGCUGUGAAUAUAGUAAAGAAAUUUAAAUAUGUUGGUCAAUUCAAGAUAUGGUGGAAGCCUAGUAAGGGAAGCAUAAAUAAAGAUUUGAAACUUCUUGUGUUGGACAAGGAUGUCAUGGAGUUAGCCACUUACGCAUAGCAAAGUAGAGAUGAAGUAGAUAUUAUGUCGAGCAUACAAUUACUGAAACACAAAAUGUUAAGAUUGUGAAGUUAAUUGAAGGUUUUCCAAGUAGUAAGGUUGAAUGUGAGGGUACUGAUAAGGAGGUUGGUGCUGAAUUUCAUGGAGAGGUUAGAGUUGGUAUCGAAAGUUAAGGUCACGAGCAUAAUGGAGAGGUUGGUGAGGGUGAAGACCAUAAUGGAAAGGUUAGUGAGGGAGUUGAUAUUGAUGAAGAAUGGUCAGUUCAAGAUGUGGUUUUGGGCGGUAGUGAUGUAGAAUUAUGUGAAGAUAGAGAUUAUGGUUUUGGGAUAGAUGAUGGACCACGAGAAAACAUUCAGGACGUUCUCAAUAGAUGGAGACAAUUUUCUGGAAGAUUUAAGCUAUAUUCUGAAACAGGGGCUAAAUACAUUGGACCUGGCGGUUUUGAGGCAAAUAAAAAUGUUGAAGACCAUGAAAUAGAUGAAGAAUAUAGCAGCGAAGAUUUAGGAAGUGAUGUUGAAGGGGAUGACAAGUUCUCAAAGUUCAAAAGUGAUGAUAUGUGUAAGAACUUCAGGUACAAGCUUGGAAUGGAAUUUUGUUCAUUGAAAGAGGCCAAACAAGCAAUUAGAGAGCAUGCGGUUUUGAAUGGGAGACAGGUUGAAUUUGUGAAAAUUGACAAAGUAAGAGUCAGAGUUGUCUGCAAAAAAAGAUGUGGCUUUAUAAUUUUGGUCAGCAAAGUUGGCUCAUGUCAUAGCUUUAGAGUUAAAACAUUAGUUGAUGUACAUCAAUGUGCAAGAGUUUUUAACAACAAAAAUGCCAAUAUAGAGUUGGUAUCGAAAGUUGUUAUGGAUAAGUUUAGAAAUGUUGGUAAUAUGUCAACAAAUCAAAUUAUGGAUGACAUUAAGAGGAGUGGAAAUUGGAUAGUUGUUUGGGCUGGUGGUGAUAAGUUUGAGGUCACACAAGGUUUUACCAUUGAGAAGUUUGUAGUUGACUUAAAACAACUUUCAAGUACAUGCUGGUUUUGGGAGUUAGUUAGUAUCCCUUGUAGACAUGUUGUGACUGCUAUAAAUUAUAGACUAGAACAAACAGAAAACUAUGUUCACAGAUUUUACAAAAAGGAAGCAUACCAACGUUGUUAUGGAGAACAAAUUUCCCCAAUUAAUGGUCAACCUUUGUGGCCAAAAACCAAUUCACAACAAAUUUUACCUCCAUCAUACAAGACACAUGCUGGAAGGCCAAGGAAAUUAAGAAGGAGGGAAGCAGAUGAAACUGUUAGUCACUCAAAAAUCAGCAGAAGAAAUUUGAAGAUGAAGUGCACAAGAUGUGAUCAAUUCAGUCACAACAUAAGAGGAUGCAAAAAUCAACCAAAAAAACACGCAGGGGGGGAAACCAGGAUCAAGAAGCAAUCUUCAAGAAGAAAAGGACCUGUAGGUACAAGAAUUGCUCCACCCACGGAUACCAGCAAGAAUAGUUCCACCAGCAACACUCCAGGAGCAGGGACGAGAGGAAUGGAACCAACUUUAGGUUCUCAACCUAGCUCCAACAACCCCACUGCCUAGAGCAUGUGAAUGUUUAAAGACUUUGUAUUGUAAUGUGAAGUGGACCACACUUUUGUAAUAUGAAGUGGUCCACACUAUUAUUGGGUGAAGUGUUCUAGAAUUGUGGUCCACCGCUUUUGAUGUAUUAUUGUAUUUUUUGCUUUUAAAUAUUGUGGUCCAACUUUUGAUACAAUACUUUAUGUCACCACUUUGAACAUCUUUUGUUAAUUUACCAUAUUUUAAUGUUCAAAAGCUA